UGCAUUCAAAAAAAAAUGUUUUCUCUUCCACAGAUGUGCUGAGGGAGCUGAAAGAAGUGUAGAGAAACCAAGUCGAGAAUCGGUAUGUUGCGGAUAUUCCUGAGAAGAAAAAUGUAUAAUGAAUUAUUCUGAAAGGUCAUCUUUUACAGUUGUUGCUGUUUUGUAAAGGAGUAUUUGUCCAUGAAGGGAGAAAUUUGUGAACCCUACAUCACCCUCUUCCACUUUUUGAUGGGCAAAGAUGCCGUCUUCAACUCGUAAAGGGGCAGCGAGAGACCCAGAGGUUUCUGAGCUGUUCUUUAAGGAUGAUCCAGAAGAAUUGUUCGUUGACUUGCAUGAAAUUGGACAUGGAAGUUUUGGAGCUGUUUAUUUUGCCAGAAAUGCUCGCACAUCGGAGGUGGUGGCAGUCAAGAAAAUGUCCUAUAAUGGUAAACAAAUUACAGAGAAAUGGCAGGACAUAAUCAAAGAAGUAAAAUUUCUACGUCAGCUCAAACAUCCAAACACCAUAGAAUACAAAGGUUGUUACCUGAAGGAACACACUGCCUGGAUGGUUAUGGAAUACUGCCUUGGAUCAACUUCUGAUUUAUUGGAAGUUCAUAAGAAACCACUUCAGGAAGUGGAGAUUGCUGCCAUUACCCACGGUGCCUUGCAGGGGCUGACCUACCUGCACGCUCAUAAUCUGAUACAUAGGUGAGAAAAUAUGGCUUAAAAUGCAUUUACAUUUUACUUGUCUCUCUAAAAAUGGAU